UAGGGACUGGGAGUGGCUGGCUCAUUGGACCAAGAUGGCGGCGGAACGCGGCUACAGUUUCUCCCUCACCACAUUCAGCCCUUCUGGUAAACUUGUUCAGAUUGAAUACGCUUUGGCAGCAGUCGCUGGAGGGGCCCCAUCAGUUGGAAUUAAAGCUGCAAAUGGUGUGGUGUUGGCAACUGAGAAGAAACAGCAAUCCAUUCUCUAUGAUGAAAGGAGUGUACACAAAGUAGAAUCAAUUACUAAACAUAUAGGCGUGGUAUAUAGUGGCAUGGGUCCUGAUUAUAGAGUACUUGUGCACAGAGCUCGGAAGCUUGCCCAGCAAUAUUACUUGGUCUACCAUGAGCCCAUUCCAACAGCUCAACUAGUACAGAGGAUUGCAUCUGUGAUGCAGGAGUACACAGUCUGGUGGUGUACGUCCUUUUGGAGUAUCAUUGUUGAUAUGUGGUUGGAAUGAGGGAUGACCAUAUCUAUUUCAGUCUGAUCCAUCUGGGGCUUACUUUGCAUGGAAAGCAACAGCAAUGGGAAAAAAUUAUGUGAAUGGAAAAACUUUCCUUGAAAAAAGAUACAACGAAGAUUUGGAACUUGAAGAUGCCAUUCACACAGCUAUCUUAACACUAAAGGAAAGCUUUGAAGGGCAAAUGACAGAAG